AUACGGUCACAGGGAAUUCCUCUGCCCUGCAUGGUGAUGUUCAGUUUGUAAACCAGGCAAUAACAGACUACGACUGCUUUAUGAUUUUUCGUGAUUUUUAUGAAUAAGCUGAUUCAAGAUGAGCAAACUGUCCUGAAACUGACAUGGCUGUCACGCUGUCGCACUGUAAACUACAUUCAAAGGAAAAUACUAUGCCAACAACAACAACGGGAACGUCACAAAAUGACAGCUCAACUUCGGUGAACAAAGUUUCAAAUGGGUCUGCUGAGAGUGGUUUUCACAAAUCUCUGUCUGCCACUUCUGAUCCAAUGGAAAGAUUCAAGUACGAAACAAAGUAUGUUGUUUUGGGCUUUAUGAAAAACUUGCCAAAAGACGUAAACCAAAGAACCUGGACUCCAGUGUCGUCCACUCCAUCGUCAGAAACUGGUGACAUAUUCGUGGCGAAAGGCCCAAGAAAAAACUACAAAGCCUUGCCUAAAAAACGCAAACAUAAACAUAUGUGUCAUUUUGAGUCUCAAAUAACGAAACAUGAGAGGGAAUGUAAGACAGAUAGUGAACUUGUACAUAAUGAUUAUGAUGAGUAUUGUGGGACAGUUUUCCCUCACUCCUCCAAAGCCAAAGAUAAGUUCAUUGCACAAAUGGGGGUCCACGGAAAAGAAGGAUUGUCUGAAAGGAAGAAUCAUCAGAAAGAAAAUACAGAAGAUCAAAAUCUAUUAUCAUCCAAUGUCCACCAAGGUAUUAACAACCCAUCAUCAUCUCAUCCCAUACAAGAUAAUGAUAUUUCUGAAUCGGGAUCUAGUCGUGACAUUUUUAACCGUUCUAUAAGCGUGGGCAGCAGUAAAGGAGAUGGUAGCAGCAUUACUGAUGCUGAUGAUGAGAUGGAGAGCAAUUCAUCUCACAGUUCUCAGAGAUUACAUGGAAUGGCCAGUGGAACCAACUCUGAUACUGCUAUGUUUGAUGAAGACAUUGUUGUUGAUGGACUCCCAGAAGAAUCCAGUACUGAUAGCCUUGAGAUACCUGGAUAUCCUAUAGAAUGCAAACUGAUGAAUGAUGAACAUGCAGGAGGUGAGGUCAGAAAGAUGACACUGUCUAGCUCAAAUACCAUUGUGCCUGGAUCUUGUGAGAACGGUGAUUCACCCGUCAGCCUUGGUGAUGAAGAUCCAUUCAAAGACCAGUCUCCAAAAUCACUGCGCAGAGCUGACCUUCAUUUGAACUUAGACAGCCAUGGAAUUUUUCGCCCAGAGUCAAAUAUUACAGAGUCUUUCCAGGAAGUAAUUGAGGAAAGCUCAUCUCAACUAGAAUCUGAAGUCAAUGAUGCAAUCGCACAGGGUAAACUUACACCAACACAGCUUGGAACAGCUGCAAACCUUGGAUCACUCGAGACGAAGGUCGCUCAAUUAUUGGUCACGAUUGCUGACCGCGUGGAAGCCCAGUAUGGUCAUCAAUUGGAGAUGGCUGUACAGACUGCUUUCCGUGUGGACUUGAGAGAAAUUCCCUAUGAGCAGUUCAGCAAUGCUGUGACAGGUGUCAUAGAUGAAUCACUGAAUGGAUGGGCUCAGGUUGCUUUGUGUCUAUUAUACAGCCAGCACCUGACCCUGGCUGCGAUACAGUCUGGUCAGCGUAGAGUGGGCUAUCUCUUUGACUACACGGCCCGUCUUGUGGCGGACAAGGCUGCUCACUUUAUCAUCAACCAAGGAGGAUGGAGCUCCUUGGCCCAAGUUGACAUUGACAGUUCUGUAUCUCCUCUCAGCUUGUCCCAAGGAUCUGGGGAAUCCUCCAGAGUGCCAAGUCCCUGUAAAUUUCAGCCAUUACAGAUUAAGUCUGGUCCUCCCAGUCCUGGCCCAUUGCCCGAGGAGGGGCCUACAGAUCACCACUCCUCUAGUGAGGAGUCAACCAGCUCUCUCUCAGAACAGACAUCACAUGAUAAUUCUCAUACCUGGUCGACUUACUGUGCCUUGACUCUCAUACGAAGAGCACAUUAUUUUGGACUUAGUUUUUCUGUAGUAGCUGCUUUUGCAGUUGUGGGAAUUGCAGUUUUGUUAAGUAAACAUUGACAGAUUGGACAGUAUGUGUUUUUUCUAUAUAAUCAAUUUGUUGGUGUGCAUUAAUGGUGUCAACAUGAAGGUAUCAAGAAAUGAUGCGCACAUUCUAAAAGUGCAAGAGUGUUGAUUGUAUGCAUGAAUGCCAGUCUGUUAGAAUAAGAUGUGCAACAGUUUUGUUACUGUUCAUUUUGGUGCAUUUUCAAGGAUCUCAGGAUAUCACAGUGUGACCCAGACUUCUGUGUCUAAUGGUAUUGAUUCAUAGUCUUAUAGCAAUUGUGACCUAUGGUCAAACCACUGAUGUUCAAUUUGCCCACAAAAUAUCAUUAGUAAGGCCAACAGGAACUAUAUGCUACACAACCUAGGCCCAAACCACUUCAGGUGAGAAAGGUACUCCAUUAAUUAAACAGUGAAAAUAGUCAUUGUUGUGAUAUGUUCUGCUAGAACCUGUGUUUGUGACAUAUUGUACAUUCUGUUGGAAUCAAGCUGAAAGAUUCUUGUUGACUUCGCCAUUGCAGGAUAAUAUAUACAUUCUGCCUAUAGUUAUGGUAAAUUACUUUGUCUAUGACUAAGUUCAUUUUAUGUGUUACUGAGAGUUCUUUGCAUCUUUGUAGAAAAGUGUUUUGAGGUUUAUUUCUAAGGUAGGAUAAGUUUUAUUAGACAAAUGUAAGUUUAAACACCGACUGUAAUAUUUGAUGACAUUUAUUUGUCUCUAAAAUGGCACUUUUGCAAGCAAGAUUUUAGGUUGAUAAUUGUAGACGAUCACGGGUACAACCUGGUAAAGCCCACCAGAUUUGCAUCAAUAUGAUAAUGUCUUUUGUAGGUGUUUAUGAAAUAUUCUGGCACCAUUGAUACAUUUUCAUGAUAACUUUUCUUUUUGUGCCUUAAAUCUUAAUGACUUGCCCAUACAACUCUUUGUGACUUAAACCCUGGUUUAAGUGAAAAAAGUGCAAGAUGGCAUUGUUCUUUAUUUUUUUCUAAUUCUGUGAUAAAUGGCACACAUGAAGAUCAGGCUACUGGUAUUCAUUGUUACUGGACUGUUAAUUUAUUGUUAUACUGGUGCUGUCACAAUGCAAGAUGAAUAUCA